CGGCCCCGAGCGGAGCAAGAAUCAUUGUCUCAUGCUAUCGGUCGAUUACUCACAUCCCUUAGCAAUGAAUAGUAGUAGUAAGAAGAAGAAUCCUACUGUAUUCCUGGAUGUCUCCAUUGGCGGGGAUCCCCUUGAACGUAUCGUCAUUGAGCUUUUUGCUCAUGUUGUCCCCAAGACUGCCGAGAACUUUCGUGCCCUCUGCACAGGUGAGGCAGGCCUUGGAAAGACCACUGGGAAGCCUCUACAUUUCAAAGGAUCUUCUUUCCAUCGAGUCAUUAAAGGAUUCAUGGCUCAAGGUGGUGAUUUUUCUAAUGGAAAUGGCACCGGCGGGGAGAGCAUCUAUGGUGGGAAGUUUCCAGAUGAGAACUUUGAACUGGACCAUGAAGAAGGUGGAGUCCUUUCGAUGGCAAAUUGUGGCCCAAACACCAACGGGUCACAGUUUUUUAUCCUUUUCAAACGCCAGCCACAUCUCGAUGGGAAGCAUGUUGUAUUUGGGAAAGUCGUGAAGGGAAUGGAAGUUGUCAAGAAAAUGGAGCUUGUAGGGACGAGUGAUGGUAAACCAACCAGCAAUGUCAAAAUAAUUGACUGUGGCCAAGUGUCUCAGUUAAAAGCCGAGGAUGCUGCUGAAAAAGAUAAAGGGAAAUUGAAAAAAUCUAGCAGGGAGAAGAGGAUUAAGCGAAAAAGAAGAUACUCGUCUUCCUCAGAUUCAUAUAGCUCAAGUUCUGAAUCAGAAACAGAUUCAUCCUCUAGUUCUUCCAGUGAUGGGAAGCGUAGGAAGAGGAGGAGGUCAACAAAGAGACACAAAGGCCGACGCGGGGAAAGCAAUAUCAAAGGACGAAAGGGGAAAAAGAAUGCUCGAGGAGAUAGACCACCUCAGCGCAGAAACAAGGAUAGUUCAAGUGACACCGAGAGUAGCAAUUCUGAUGACGAGAGAAUGGGCCACGAAAAGGCCAAAAAGUCAAAGAAAGCUAAAGAUGGUGUGCCUGCUGCUGAUUCUAGUCCUGCGGAGAAGAAAUUUUCGGGGGAGUCUCUUCUGAAUGAAAAUGAACUUGUCGGUAAUGGAAAAGCCACCAAAGUUGAUAAUGACUCAGUGAAAUCGAGGAGUAUGAGCCCAGCUUCUAGAAGAGAUCAAAACAGUAAGAGGAGCAAAGGUGUGAGGAAAUCUCCAAAUGGUGAGCCCAAGCGCAUCCGAAAGGGGCGUGGGUUCACAGAACGUUAUUCAUUUGCUCGGAAGUACCGUACACCAUCUCCUGAGCGUUCCCCUCCGAGAAGAAGCUUUCAGGACAGGAACACGAGGGACAGGUAUCCAAGCAACAGGAGUUACUCUGAACGCUCGCGAUUUAGGAGCCCACCAAGGAGAAGGAGCCCUCCAAGGUACAACCGGAGGAGAAGAAGCAUUUCACGGAGUCCAGAUGGGCAGCGCAGACGUUGGAGAGAGAGCCAAAGUCCAAGUCAUCGUAGCCCUAGCCCCAGAAAGAGGCAGCCAAUUAGCCAAGACCUUAAAUCCCGUCUGGGGCCACAAAGAUCUCCUCCCGUCAUAGGAGGAGGACGCACGUCUCCUGCACAAUCGCUCAGCGCUUCGCCCUCAACCUCCCCAUCGGGACAGAGAGGUUUGGUUAGCUAUGCAGAUUGAUCACUCAUCCUGAUGACUUCCGAGUUUUGUUGUUGUUGUGAUAUGAUGAUACUCGUCACCUUUGGCUGUUGUUGCUUUACAAGAUUUUGUUAAUCAAAUUCAGAGACUAGUUUUUAUUUCAGAAUAGAUUUUGGGGAUUUAAUAAUGUGCGUGCGAUAACACAAUCCUUUUGGGGAUUUCGGGGACCC